UUUCGAUGAUCGCAGCAGAGCUUCCCACCAUUAUCUGGAACCGCAUACUUUCUUUCUAUGCUCUUCCUCUCUCGUAGCAAGCACUUGACUUCGCAAUGGCUGACAACGGCUCUUCGAACGACGGCGGCAAGCGCAAAUGGGAUAACAACGGCGGCGGUCGCGGGCGAGGCCGUGGGGGUGGUAACAUGCAGCACGGCAGCCGUCCGAAUAAGAAGAGAAAUAUGGGCCGUAAGGACCACGCCAACGAUCAAUUAGAUAGGCGAGGUCGCAACGCAGAACAACAGGCACGCAAUAAGGAAGCACUCGUAAGGGGUGAGAACGAGAAGCCAGCGCUUCCCGCAGCCUUCUCUACCGAAGAAGUUGCAGCCGAGGAGCGCAGGCCGAAGCGCAAAGUCGCCGUCUUGGUUGGCUACUCUGGCACUGGCUACAAGGGUAUGCAAAUCGACAACAAGCAGAAGACAAUCGAGGGCGAUCUUUUCAAGGCAUUCGUCGCCGCCGGUGCAAUUUCAAAAGCGAACGCAGACGACCCCAAAAAGUCGGCACUUGUGCGCUGCGCACGUACCGACAAGGGCGUCCACGCCGCUGGCAAUGUCAUUUCCCUAAAGUUGAUCAUCGAGGAAGAAGAUAUUGUGGACAAGAUCAACGCAAAUCUCUCCGAUCAGAUUCGGAUAUGGGGCAUCCAGCGAACGACAGGAUCUUUUAGCUGCUACCAGGCGUGCGAUUCACGGUGGUACGAGUACCUCAUCCCAACACACUCAUUCCUUCCACCGCACCCAUCGAGCUUCAUGGGGAAGAAGCUGGUCGAAGAGGCAGAGAAGGCCGGUGACCUGGACGAGUACAAGAAGAGGCAGGCUGAGGUGGCAGAUUUCUGGUCAGACGUUGAAGAGAAGUCGAUCAAGCCCAUUCUUGAGACGUUGGACGACUCGAUACGGCCGCUCGUGGAGGAGGCUCUGUACAUUGCCGAUACAACAGACGCGCCCGAAGAUCAAGAUCCCGUCAUCGAAGCAUCGAUCGAUGAAACACUCAAAGACGUGACGGACGCCAUCACUGCAAAGAAGGCUGCGGCAGCAGAAAACGCAAGCGAAGAGGCAGCCGCCGAAACCGCAAGACCCGAAGCAGGCGAGGCGAUGCAAGUCGACGAGGUCAAGGAAGCUGUGGAGAAGGUUGAAGCUCAGCAUCCCACAACAACAUUUGACGACCAAACCGACGGCUCCAUUCCUCUUCCUGCCGGCAUUGUGAACAAGCCCGCCCUCGAGGAAGCAGUCAAAGCGCUCAAGAAAGCCAUCAUGGACGCCAAACGCGCGUACCGCAUCAGCCCCGAGCGCCAGGCACGCGUGCAAGCCGCGCUGGACAACUACCUCGGAACCCGUCGCUACCACAAUUACACCGUGCAGAAGAAGUUCAGCGACACGAGCGCAAAGCGCUACAUCAAAUACUUCAACGUCGCCCCGAAACCCAUCAUCAUCAACGACACCGAAUGGCUGAGCCUCAAGGUCCACGGCCAGAGCUUCAUGAUGCACCAGAUCCGCAAGAUGGUCGGCAUGGCCGCGCUCACGGUGCGCUGCGGCACCAACCCCAAGAUCAUGCUGGACAGCUUCGAGAACAACACCGUUCGCGUCCCGAAAGCGCCCGGGCUGGGCUUGCUCCUCGAGCGCCCUGUGUUCGAUAGCUAUAACGCUAAGUCGGCGCAGGCGUUUGGCCGCGAGAAGAUCGACUUUGCAAAGUACGACGAUAAGAUUCAGGAGUUCAAGGAGCGGGAGAUUUACCAGCGCAUCUUCCGCGAAGAGGCGCAGGGAAACCAAUUCAAUACGUUCUUCACACAUUUGGAUAACUACAGAGACUCGACCUUUUUGUACCUGACAUCGGGCGGUCUCGCGGCGACAAAGCAGGGCCUGAAGAAGAAAUCCACACAGCCCGAGUUCGAGCAGGAGUCGGACAACGAGGGAUACAAAAGCGACAACUAGUAGCACCAGCAAAAGCGCUGGCAAAGAUAUCUUUAAACGAACGACAAUUGAUACCCAAAUUGAGCCUCCCCGCUGUUGUAGAUGUCCAUGUUGGAGCUUUGAUGGGUUCGCGGCGCA